AUGAGUAUCACAACUGUAGGCUUGAAGCCUUUUACUGAUCAGAAGCCGGGAACUUCUGGACUUCGCAAGAAAGUCGUCGUUUUCCAACAAGAACACUACAGCGAAUCUUUCGUCACAGCCAUUCUUCUCUCUAUCCCCGAAGGUGUCCAGGAUAGUUUCCUCGUUAUCGGUGGUGAUGGACGAUACUGGAAUCCGGAGGUUGUGCAGUUGAUUGCGAAGAUUGGUGCGGCAUAUGGAGUUAAGAAAUUGUUGAUCGGUCAGAAUGGUAUCUUGAGUACCCCGGCUGCAUCGCAUAUUAUCAGGAAGAGGAAUGCGACUGGAGGUAUCUUGUUGACGGCUAGUCAUAAUGCUGGUGGCCCUAAGAACGAUUUUGGUAUCAAAUACAACCUCGCAAAUGGUGGACCAGCUCCCGAAUCUGUCACAAACAAAAUUUUCGAAGCUUCAAAAACCCUUACCGAGUACAAAAUUGCGGAUAUCCCAGAAGUCGAUAUUGCUACAAUUGGCACAAAAACAUACGGUUCAUUGGAGGUUGAGAUCAUCGACUCAUGUGCCGAUUAUACUGAGAUGUUGAAGGAUAUCUUCGAUUUCCCUCUUAUCAAGAAAUUCUUUGAAACGCACACCGAUUUCAAGGUUCUAUUCGAUGCCCUUUCGGGUGUUACUGGACCUUACGGAAAGGCUAUCUUUGAGACCGAAUUUGGCCUUCCAAGCUCGAGCACUCAAAAUUGCAUUCCUUCGCCAGAUUUCAAUGGAGGUCACCCAGAUCCUAACUUGACCUACGCACACUCGCUUGUCAAGGCUGUCGAUGAGGGAAAUAUUCACUUUGGUGCUGCAAGUGACGGUGAUGGAGAUCGUAACAUGAUUUAUGGAGCUAAUGCAUUCGUCUCCCCUGGUGACAGUCUUGCAAUCAUUGCUCACUACGCACAAUACAUACCUUACUUCAAGAAACAAGGUGUCUACGGUCUUGCCCGCAGUAUGCCAACAUCUGGAGCUGUUGAUCUUGUUGCUAAAGCUCAAGGUCUAAAUUGCUACGAAGUUCCAACUGGAUGGAAAUUCUUCUGCGCCUUGUUCGAUGCCGAUAAACUUUCUAUCUGUGGUGAGGAAUCCUUCGGUACUGGAUCUAACCAUAUUCGUGAGAAGGAUGGUCUUUGGGCUGUCGUUGCUUGGUUGAACAUUAUCGCCGCCAUUGGUGAGAAGGAUGCAAGUGUUACCCCAAGUAUCGCCAAGAUUCAACAUGAUUUCUGGACUAUUUACGGUCGUACUUUCUUCACUAGAUACGAUUAUGAAGAUGUCAGUAGUGAAGGUGCUGCAAAGAUUGUUAAGGAUUUGAAUGACAAGAUCGAGAAUGCUUCAUUUAUUGGUAGCAAAAUUGAUGACCUUACCGUAUCCGACGCCGGCGAUUUCUCCUACACUGAUCUCGAUGGCAGCGAAUCUCUCAACCAAGGUCUCUACGUUAAAUUCUCCGACGGAUCCCGAAUCGUCGUUCGUCUUAGUGGUACUGGUUCUUCAGGCGCUACUAUCAGAUUAUAUGUUGAGAAACAUACUAGUGAUGAGAGCACAUAUGGUCAAGAUGCUCAGGUCUUCUUGAAGCCAAAUGUGGAUAUGGCGGUUAAGCUGUUGAAGUUUAAGGAGUAUAUCGAUAGAACUGAACCGGACGUUAUGACUUAA